AUGUACGUAAACGAAGAGCGCGAAUGCUCCUGCCCACCGGACGCGAACGCUCCGCCCCUCAAUUGCGAAACCUGCGCCCACGACUGCGGGAACGCCCAGUGCAGCGUCGAGCUCAGCUCCGAAUGCACUGAGCAAUGCGUGGUCGUCGUAUGCAAUGACUCACACCACGCGUCGGCGCCUUGCGCCACUGCCGUCUUUCCCGAUCAAUGCGAGCCAUGCGACAUGUCCUGCGGGAGUGCCCCCGACUGCACCGGCCUCGAAGAAUUUUUUCAGUGUUGUACGGACUAUCAUGGUUAUAUGCCCGACCCAAAAUCGUUUCAAUCCGACAUGGCAGCCAUUCAUCCUGACCUAGUCUGGGAUCCCUCGAUAGCUGCUGCCUUUCUAUGCGCCUGCGCCGAUUCUCAUCAAGCAGCGAACCUACAAGGUGGUUAUCAUGAUGCUCACCUGAGCGCAGCGACCUCAACGGCAUCGACGCCUCAGUUAACUCCGAGUCCAGUCGCCUUCCACUCGCAGGCUGGACAGCUGCUCCAGCCUACUUCGAUACAGUCUUACACCAAUGCCCAGGCUCCCCAAAUGCCCAGCAACAUCCCUGAAUACUACGGCGCCUCGCAAUCAGCUCAGUUACCGCAGCCCCAGGGAUUGCCGCACGAAUGUCAGUGGGGCGGAUGCUACGCGUCCUUUGCCUCCCUCGCGGAGCUCGUUGGGCACGUCAACCUCCAGCACCUCCGCCUCGCCUCGGGCGCUCUUCCCUCGACAUCGUCUCUUCAGCCGCAGAUCCAGUCUGGGCACCAGGGCAUCUCUCACGGCAACGGAAUUUCCGUCGACGGGCUCUCAUGUAUGUGGGCGGACUGCCACCUGUAUCCGUCUGCCCAGUCCAUUCCAGGCCCAUCGACGGACAACGCGCUGGACAGAGCCCUGGGUGUCCUCGCGAACCACCUUCUUGAGGACCACUUGGGUCUCCCUCUGCGGUCGCCGAAGCAAGAACAGGUGCCUGAGCCCAAGGCUAUACAGGCGCCCAUCCCUUCCGCAUCGAGUGGCCCGACCACUGAUGGGACCACUGGUCUGUACUCACCACCGACGCCGCUUCCCGAGCACGACUGCUCUGCGUCGCCUGUGCAUGUGUGCCGCUGGGAGGCGUGCACGUGCACGUUCCCGUCGUGCGAUGAGCUGACGGCGCACAUAACGGCGGACCAUGUCGGUGCGGGCAAGGCUCAUUAUGAGUGUCGGUGGGAAGGCUGUGCCAGACACAGCGACAAGGGAUUUUCGAGCAAGCAGAAGAUUCUGCGACAUCUACAGAGCCAUACGGGCCACCGGCCGUUCCAGUGCGAGAUCUGUGGACAGUACUUCUCGGAGACGGCGACGCUUGCGCAACAUAAGCGGCGGCAUACACGAGAAAAGCCGUACGUUUGCGACUUCCCCGGCUGCGGCAAGUCGUUCGCCAUCACGGGUGCGCUCACCAUCCACAAGCGCACGCACAACGGUCACAAGCCGUUCAAGUGCACGUACUGCGAACGCGCGUUCGCGGAGUCGUCCAAUCUCUCCAAACAUCUGCGGACGCAUACUGGGGCGCGGCCGUACCCGUGUAUGGAGCCUGGCUGCAAUAAGACGUUCGCCCGGCCUGAUCAACUUGCGAGACAUCAGAACGUACAUAGGAAGAGGAGCGCAGAGGCAGAGGUCGCCACCUGA